AGGGUUUGGAGGCAGGCCUUGCAAAAGGCUGCCCCACGCGCGGCAGAGCGAACCACUGCUCCCGCGGACGGCCCGCCACGGCGCCUCGUGCCCGCCGUUGGCCCGGCGCGCGAGUCGUUCGCAGCAUCCAGCACCAACUCCAGGGACACCAGCUUGGAGCAUGAAAAAGGAUGACAGUGAUGAAGACAAGCCGAGCUGCAAGGGCGAGGCGAAGGACGACGAUGAUACAAGGAACGAGGCCAAGGCCGAGCCCAAGCCUUCCCUAAGACCGGGCGACGACGCGCCGCUCGAGGAAUUAGGUGAUUACUGGCAGGGCACCGACGGGCUAUUGAGGAGGGCCACGGCGCACAUCUACCGGCGCAUCAUCGCGCCGGAGUGCGAGGGCGGGUUCCGGGAGUGGAUGGACGCGCACUGUCUCAUUUUCGAGGGCUCGUCGAAGAACGAGGAGCAAAAGCCCGAGUUCUUCACGCUCUACAAGGAGUUCGAGGCGCGCGUCUCCGAGGCGCUGGAGGAGUUCGUGACGUCCCAAUUCGACGACGACGGCACGCGGCGCGAGCGCAUGGACGAGCUCUCGGCGCGGAUUAGGGCAGGUGCGGAUGACGGGUCCAAGCUGAAAUUACCGAUAGACAAGUCGGCGACGAUGCUCCUCGCCGCGGCGUCGUAUCCCAAAUUCUGCGCUUUGAUGCGGCAGCGGUGCAAGGCCGUGCUCAAGGAGCGGGCGGCGUUCGACGCGCUGCGGUAGUACUAAUAAUGGGGG